CCAAAUUGUAUUUGCAGCAUUCUUCAGUGCAAUAUAAUGAGCAUCAUAACCUAUAUUGUUCGAGAUAUGUGAUUCGGAAUUAUUCACGGAAAAGUGUUAGUUUUAAUGAGUUUUAAGUAUUAUAAUACGAGAGAAUGGAUCUUCCGCAACCCCCGCAAGAUACGGAACUUAGAAAUAUAAUCGAUAAAUUGGCUCAAUUUGUUGCUAGAAAUGGACCGGAUUUCGAACAGAUGACGAAAAACAAGCAGAAAGGAAAUCCUAAAUUUCAAUUCUUAUAUGGUGGUGACCUGUUCAAUUACUACCAGUACAAAGUAAACACUGAACAGACAAUACUGAAGCAGCAGGGUAUAUGGAGCAGCAAUGGACAGAAUGGUAAUGGUGCAAGUACCAGUGUACUGCCACCACCACCAGUUGGAGAGAUGGCCCAGAUUAAGACACAGAUUGAUGUUCUGCAAGAGCAGAUCAAGCAGAGUGAGCAAAACUUGAAUGCCCAGCAUGCUGUGCUCUUGCAACAGCAACAGACACAGGUUGAUGUUUUACUAAAUGAGUGUGAAAUGAAGUUGAACCAGAAGGAGGCUGAGGAGCUGAGCAUACCCUUGGUAGAGCUGAACCAGUUGCUCACUCCCAUCACAGAGAACUGCACCAAGGAUAGUAUUCAAAGUGGGAAAUCUUGGAUCCUGCAGAAUGCAAACACUAAGGAGAAGGCGCACUGCAUUGCAAAUUGUUUGUUAAUUAAAGUGCUGCAAGGCACGCCCACUUUUAACCAUAGAUUACACGUUAUUUAUUUGGUUAAUGAUGUAUUGCAUCAUUGUGCGCGAAAAAAUGCAGCGGAUGUUAAGGACGCUUUGGAAUCCGUGGUGGUUGCGAUGUUUUGUAGUGCGAAUUUGACAGCGACAAACGAUGAACAGAAGAAUAAGUUGGAUAAGCUUCUCCAGCUGUGGGAGUCGAAGGCCAAUUAUUUGGCCGGUACGACGGUGGAGGCGAUGAAGCGGCCUCAGGAAAGUCUGCAAACGCAUAAGGCCAAUCAGCUGACCAAAUUUUCCAACGAGAUAGGUUUGUUGACACAGCAGACGCAGGUUUCUUUUGAAAGUUAUAGGGCUCAGCAUCAGGCAUUCGUUAUGCAUGCCACUCAGCAAAUACAGGAACACGAGGCGAGGAUUAAUUUGAUUGAUGAGCAGAUGCGAGCGGCGGAGGAACAACAGGCUGUUAGGAUCGAAGAACCGCCCCCGGUCGUACCGCCCAUCAAUCCUUCGAUUCCGCCACCUCAGUUUUCACAACCGCCACCAGGUUUUUUCCCGGCACCCGCUCCAGCUUUUCCGGAUUUCUCGAAACCACCUCCCGGUUUCCCAUUGGUGGCGGAACCCACUCCCGAAGAAUUACUACCUUCCGUUCCCUACUACGAGCUUCCCGCUGGGCUAAUGGUCCCACUCAUAAAAUUGGAGGACACCAAUUUUAAGCCACUCGAUCCUAAAGAUAUUAGAUUGCCGCCUCCAGCUCCUCCAAAUGAGAGGCUAUUAGCGGCAGUGGAGGCUUUCUACGCAUUACCUUCGCACGAACGACCCAGGGACAGCGAGGGAUGGGAAAAACUUGGUCUGUAUGAGUAUUACAAGGCUAAGAAUUUGGCGAAAAAAGAAAAAGAUGAGCAGAUCGACGGUGGUCUGCGGGAACCGUCGCGUAGUCCAAGUCCGGUGAUAAUAGUGCAAGAGAAAAGUCCCUCUCCGCCGAGACGAAGGUACACAAGUAAAUCGCCGACACCGCCGAGCGUGAAAAAGUCGAGAUCGCGAUCGCGUUCAAAAUCACGGUCGCGUAGUCCACCCCCGCGGCGGUCUCGGAGAUCUUCGCGUCGUCGACGAACAAGAUCAAGGUCGCGAUCGCGCUCACCCUCGUCGCCGACACCAUCGUAUAGUGGGCGGGGCAUGCAACAGGCUCCGCCUCCCAUCACCUCGAUAGCGAUGCAAGAGUCUCUGGAUUCUAGCAACAAGGGUCAUCAAAUGUUGAAGAAGAUGGGUUGGGGUGGUAGUGGUUUGGGCGUGAAUGAACAGGGUAUAGAUUCGCCAAUAUCGGGAGGCGAUGUGCGCGACAAGCAAGAUCAAUUCAAAGGAAUCGGAUGCAAUCUGAAUGAUCCAUACGAGAACUUCAGGAAAAACAAAGGCGCCGCUUUCAUAACUAGGAUGAAGGCUCGAGCGGAGGAGCGCGCCCAAGAGACACUGCCCGUUUCAGAGCAAGCCAAAGAUGACUACUAGAGAAGACACUGCGACAGAUGACAUUCUUCAGAACCUAUUUGAUUUCCAGGCAGAUCCAGAACGCCUCCGUUCGAGUUCUGCAGGAGGUUCACGAAUUUCGUGGUAAGCAGCCCCAGCGACUUCUCGAA